UCUCGCUGUCGCCGCACGUCCGUCAUCGUAACCCGACCUCUCAAUUCCGUUUUGCAGCCCCAGAGUCCGCGGCGACCGCGUGGGAAGAGGACGGCGGGGAACGCGCCUCCGCGAGGGGGGGUGGUGGAGCCACAGGAGUCGGAGCGCGGUCCGCGCGGACGCGGCGCCGGGGGAGCCGCAGAGCCCGGCGGGGCGGCCGUGGAGGAGACGGGGUCGCCGGCUCCCCUGCCCUCGCCGACAUGCACAACGACACCUUCUCGGAGCCGGGGCCCGCCAACGCGUCGUGCCCGGGGCCCGCGCUGGGCUGCCCCAACGCGUCGAGCCUGCCGCCGCCGCUGCCGCCGCCGCUGGCCGUGGCCGUGCCCGUCGUCUACGCGGUGAUCUGCGCGGUGGGGCUGGCUGGCAACUCCGCAGUGCUGUACGUGCUGCUGCGGGCGCCCCGCACGAAGACCGUCACCAACCUGUUCAUCCUCAACCUGGCCAUCGCCGACGAGCUCUUCACGCUCGUGCUGCCCGUCAACAUCGCCGACUUCCUGCUGCAGCGGUGGCCCUUCGGGGAGCUCAUGUGUAAGCUCAUCGUGGCCAUCGACCAGUACAACACGUUCUCCAGCCUCUACUUCCUCACGGUCAUGAGCGCCGACCGCUACCUGGUGGUGCUGGCCACUGCCGAGUCGCGCCGGGUGGCCGGCCGCACGUACCGCGCGGCGCGCGCCGUGAGCCUGGCCGUGUGGGGGCUCGUGACGCUGGUCGUGCUGCCCUUCGCCGUCUUCGCCCGGCUCGACGACGAGCAGGGCCGGCGCCAGUGCGUGCUGGUCUUCCCGCAGCCCGAGGCCUUCUGGUGGCGGGCGAGCCGCCUCUACACGCUGGUGCUCGGCUUCGCCAUCCCCGUGUCCGCCAUCUGCGUCCUCUACGGCGUCCUGCUGUGCAGGCUGCGCGCCAUGCGGCUGGACAGCCACGCCAAGGCCCUGGACCGCGCGAAGAAGCGGGUGACGCUCUUGGUGGUGGUGAUCCUGGCCGUGUGCCUCCUCUGCUGGACGCCCUACCACCUGAGCACCGUGGUGGCGCUCACCACCGACCUCCCGCAGACGCCGCUCGUCAUCGCGGCCUCCUACUUCAUCACCAGCCUGAGCUACGCCAACAGCUGCCUCAACCCCUUCCUCUACGCCUUCCUGGACGACAGCUUCCGCAGGAGCCUCCGCCAGCUGCUGGCCUGCCGCGCUGCCGCCUGACCCCCGCCCCGCUCCGCUCCCCGCGCGCCCUGCGCCCGGGUCCCGGCCGCGCCAGCCCCGGCGGGUGCGGAGGGAGCAGGCGCCCGCGGCGCUCGGAAACUUGCCGGAGACGCAGAUCCCCUGAGGCUCCGGCGCAGACCUCGGGAAUCCGACGCGCUAGGGCCGCGUCCGAAUUUGAAUUGGUGAAGCCCUCCCGAGGACGCGGGAGCACACUGAGUAGAAGGACUGUUGCGGCCGAGGACGCACGCUCACUUCUCUCUAAUGCCAAAGGACACCGAGUCGACCCCCCGAGUUUGACAGGGGAGGGGAGGAACGGGGAGGGGAAGGGGGCCGGUAUUGCUGGGAAUCCCCUGCGCCGCCCCCCCUCUCUCCGGCCGCCCAAGGCGUU